AUGGCUUCUGCAACCACGCCUCUAAUCAAUCCAUUUGAAUGUUGUGCCUCUUCUGUUUCAAGAACUGCAUUUCAUCCUUCCAAACCCUCAAACCCAUUCAUCUGCCUGCACUCUUCUAAGCCUGCUAAAUACGCCCGUCUAUCAUUUUCUUCCACUUCCUCCCAAAAAUUCAAGAUUUUGCCAUAUAGUGUGGUCCCACUUGUAGCACAAACCUCGGACUGGGCUCAACAAGAGGAAGAGGAAGAAAAUCAGGAAGAUGGGUUGGGAUGGGAAGGUGCUGGGGACAUAGAGGCUAGUGGCGCUGGUUCUUUUUCUUGGGAAGGUGAAAGUCAGCGAGAGGAGAAUGUGGAUGGUGGAAGUGUGGAGAGUGAAGAUUCCAUUUCUGAGCCUCCUGAGGAGGCCAAGCUUUUUGUUGGAAAUUUGCCUUAUGAUGUUGACAGUGAACAAUUGGCUCAGCUUUUUGAUCAAGCUGGAGUCGUGGAAAUUGUAGAGGUAAUUUAUAAUAGAGAAACAGAUCAAAGUCGUGGCUUCGGAUUCGUGACAAUGAGUACGGUGGAAGAAGCAGAGAAGGCUGUGGAGAUGUUCAAUAGUUAUGAUAUAAAUGGAAGGCUUUUAACUGUAAAUAAGGCUGCUCCUAGAGGUUCACGACCAGAAAGGACUCCCAGAGCAUUCGAGCCUUCCUUCAGAGUUUAUGUUGGUAAUCUACCAUGGCAAGUGGAUAAAGCUCGAUUGGAGCAGGUAUUCAGCGAGCAUGGCAAGGUGGUUGAUGCAAAGGUAGUAUUUGAUCGGGAGAGUGGUCGUUCACGUGGAUUUGGUUUCGUGACAAUGUCAAGCGAGACAGAAUUGAAUGACGCUAUAGCUGCCCUUGAUGGACAGAAUUUGGAUGGAAGGGCGAUUCGAGUGAAUGUUGCUGAGGAAAGACCAAGGCGGAGCUUCUUUUGA